AUGGGGAGGUUCUGUUUCUGCUUUCCGAAAUGUAGAGUGGCAAAAAUCAUGGCAUGGCUGCAAAUCGUACUCGGAGGGCUAGUGAUCCUAGUGAGCUUGGCAAGUCUGUACAAGCUCUACAAUGCUGGUUUCUUCCUCCACAACGAAGAUAUCUGCCGCCAUCUCUACACAGGAAGGACCGAAUCCUUCAGCGAAGGAUUCGACAUCAGGGCACUCAAGGAUCGUGUAGAUGAAGUGCUCGACCAAAUGUCUGAACUACAACAAAGCCUCGAGAGGUCGGUCAAACAGAUGGACAAAGCUCAUCAAGACUUGGGCAAAACCACCAUGUCAAAAUUGGAUCACAAGAGGUUCUUGGAACAACAAGUGAUCAAGCCUCUCUACUCUGCCCACAUUGCUCUAAGGCAGAUCAGGUUCCCGAACCUGGAUCCAAACUCUUCGACGAUUUCGAUCAAGGAGCCUCCUUUGAUCAAUGCGUUCAUCACUGAAGAGAUCAGGAAGUACAUUACUCCCAAGGAGAACAGGAUUGGGAAGAUGAACAUCUAUGGAACCAAGAGUGUUCACAACACGAUAGGCCAUUCGUGUGCCUUGAUGAAGAAGGAACUGGAAGAGUACAUGGAUUACGACAUUGGAUCGUACUGUAAAGAUGAUUGGAACCUUGCUCAGAAGCUGAUGGUUGGUGGGUGUGAUCCUCUGCCGAGGAGGCGUUGCUUGACAAGAGCGUCCAAGGUGUAUAACAAGCCAUUCCCUAUUAAUGACUCCCUGUGGAGAACGCCGGAGGAUGGGAAUGUGAGAUGGAACAAUUAUCAAUGCAGGAACUUUGCUUGCUUGUCCAGCAAGAAUCCCAAAAGGGGUUACUCGAAAUGCACAGGUUGUUUUGAUAUGGAGAAGGAGAAGCUAAAGUGGGUUGUCAACUCAUCACUCCCAGUUGAUUUCCUGAUUAGAGACGUGCUGGCAAUCAAGCCUGGCCAACUCCGAAUUGGUCUGGAUUUCGGCAUAGGAACCGGUUCGUUCGCUGCCAGGAUGAGGGAACAAAAUGUGACCAUUGUCUCAACUUCUCUAAACCUUGGAGCUCCAUUCAGUGAGACGAUUGCUUUGAGAGGGUUGAUCCCUCUGUAUGUGACACUGAACCAAAGGCUUCCCUUCUUCGACAACACCAUGGAUUUGAUCCAUACCACGGGGCUUAUUGACGGGUGGAUGGAUAUGCUGCUGCUGGAUUUCAUACUGUUCGAUUGGGAUCGAAUCCUGAGGCCGGGAGGAUUGCUGUGGAUCGACAGGUUUUUUUGCCUUAGGAAGGAUUUGGAUGAUUACAUGUAUAUGCUGUUGCAGUUUAGGUAUAAGAAACAUAGGUGGGCUGUUGUUCCCAAGUCUGAGAGUGAAGUCUAUCUCUCUGCCUUGAUGGAGAAGCCUCCUAGAGCUAUCUGA